AUGUCUGAGGUUAUUUAUGACAAUGUGAUCAGGACUGACAUUCUGGAAUUGGACAGAGGAGAGAGAAUGGAGAUAAUGGUAAAUAUCUAUGACAGUGCAGAUUUAGUUAGAAAUCGUGAGCUCUGGACAAACUCAGAAGACAACAGUACAGAGAGACAACAACCACAGCCGCAUGCAGGAAGUGUCUCAUUGAACAGAAAGCAGAAAGAAGUGUGUUUGUGGCUUCUGUGUGUUCUUCUUCUGGCUGCUGUAAUAGUGAUCAGUGUCACUGUCAUCACUGAGAGAAACCAGCUCAAAACAAACAAUGAUAACUUGACUAGAGAAAGAGAGCUGUUAUUUAAAAAGAACAAAUAUCUGAUAGAGGAAAAAGAUACAUUUCUAAUGAAGAAUAGAACUCUGUCGGAAGAAAUGGAGCAGUUACUUACCAAACUGAAUGAGUUACAAACCCAGAACAGAAUCCUGUCUGAAGAAAGAGACCGAUUCAAAAUCAAGAGUGAUGAACUUCAAGGUGGUCUUCGUGAACAAGAUCUUCGCUCUGAUAACUUUAAAUGGAUUUACUACAACUUCAGUUUUUAUUACUUUUCAUCUGAGUAUAAGAGCUGGAGAAAAAGCAGACGAGAUUGUAUAGACAGAGGAGCAGAUCUGGUGACCAUAAACAGCCCAGAGGAACAAGAUUUUUUAAGAAAGGUUGCUGCUACAAAUUAUUUUUGGAUUGGUCUGACAAAGACAGAGGGGGUGUGGAAAUGGGCUGAUGGCACCAAGCUGACAAAUGGGUACUGGAGGAAUAAGUACCACUACUAUUACUGCACUAAAAUGACUGCAACAUGGUGGGAUAAUUAUUCAUGUGAUUCCAAUUUAAGAUGGAUCUGUGAGAAGGGAAUUUAUAAACAAAUCACACCUCUUUACAGGCAUGCAAACAUACUGCUGGAGGUUAGGAGCAGUCUGGAGCAGAUGGAGAAACUUCAGCACAAGAUCUUUGAGGAGAUCUAG